AUGGCAACGAGCAGCGUCUUCCUCGAACGCCGGUUCCUCGAGAAGAGCCGACGCAAGAAGCCCGGCAACGUCAAGGUCGCCGAGACGUACCUGCGUAACGACGUCCACUGCGCGCUGGCGCCAUGCCGCGUGUGCCAGCGCGCCGAGCUGCUCCCACCGGCCGCGGUCGUGCGGGCCGCCGCGCCGUACAUCCUCGUGCCGGACACGACGGCCUUGGCCAUGUACCUGGACCUGCUCGAGCACGAGGCUUUCGGCGCCAACCAGCUUCUCUUGCUGCAGACGGUGCUGGAGCGGACGCUAGACGUGGCGUCGUCGCGUGAGGUCGGCCGCAUCGAGGCGUGGCUCGACGAGACGUCCGAGAAGGCGCAGCUGCACACGGUCGGGUACUUUCCCAACCGCCACGUCGCACAGACCUUUGUGCCCACGCGCGUGCACGCGACGAGCGGCUACGUCGACCAAGAGAGCUUUGCGGAGCGCGAUCGCCGCGCGAUUCUGCGCACGAUGCAGUGGUACCUAGCGCACUCGAUGAGCGCCUCGUUUCUCGUCUUGUCCGAGGACCCUGCGCUCACGUCGGCGCUCACCUCGCUGAAUGCGCCGCGACUGCGCGUGCUCUCGUGCCGCGACUACAUGGAGGCGCAUUGCCCGUCCUCGGAGCUGCGGGCCCUCGCGUCCGAGCUCGCGCUGGCGUUCGAGAGCCGGCGCGGCAACAAGGCGAGCGAAGGCGCGUCGUACACCGACCUUGCGACGCUCCCGGCGGCCGCCUACCACGUCGGUCGGCUCCGCGUGAGCGCGCACCACCCGCUCGAAGCGUUUGUCAAGACGAAAGCAGGCGACGAGCUCUUUGUCUACGGCCGCGACGCCAUGAACCGCGCCGUCCACGGGGACCUCGUGGCCGUUCAGCUGCUGCCCGAAGCCGACUGGCUCCAGCCCGAGUCCAAGACGACGCUCGUGCAUGUGGCCACCGACGAUGUCAAGCGUCUCGCGCCGGCGGGCCGCGGCGUCCCGACCGCCCGGGUCAUCAACGUCACGGAGCGCUCGUCGCAGCUGAUCGUUGCGACCAUCCUGUCCAACACGGUGGUGGCCGGUGACGACUAUGUCAUCGCCGUGCCCAUGGACUUGCGGUACCCCAAAGUGCGUCUCCGCACGCUCAAUGCGUCCGAGCUGGUGGACCACCGUCUCACGAUUGCCAUCGACGACUGGCCGCUCGACUCUUUCUACCCGUCGGGCCACUAUGUCCAGAUCCUCGGGCCCGUGGGCGACCUCGAAACCGAGAUUCGCGCGCUCCUCGUGCAGCACGCAACGCACGCGACGAAGUUCAGCGAGCGGUCACUCGCCUGUUUGCCCGACGUCUCGGACGUUGACUGGGACGCCGUCGCCAUCUGCGACACCUCCAAGCGGCCCAAGGUGCCCCUCACGCGUGAGUGGACGAUUCCAAGCGCAGAAGUCGCGUCCCGGCGGGACUUGCGGCAGACGCACCGCGUCUUGAGCGUCGAUCCGCCGGGCUGUCAGGACAUUGACGACGCCAUGUCGGUCCGGAAACUGCCCAACGGACACUACGAGCUCGGCGUGCACAUUGCGGACGUGGGCCACUUUGUUCCGUUCGACUCGGCGCUCGACAAGGAUGCCCGACACCGCGCGACGACCGUCUACCUCGUCGACCGACGCUUCGACAUGUUGCCCGUGCUCCUCAGCGGCGACCUCUGCUCGCUCCACGGACAAACCGACCGGCUUGCGUUUAGCGUCUUCUGGGAGCUCGACGCCGACCUCCGCAUUCUACCCCACCGCACGACCUUUGCCAAGACGAUUGUGCACAAUGUCGCCGCCAUGACGUACGGCCAAGCCGAUCGGCUGCUCUCGGACUUGCCUGCCAACGACCCGCUCGACACGAAAGUGGUCGGCGAAGGCACGGCGGGGCGGCCAAUUGCGUCCCAUCUGCAGCCGAUGCUGCGGGACGAUCUCAAAUUGUUGCGUGCCAUUGGUCGCCGCCUCUAUGCGCAGCGCGCGGCGACCGGCGCGGUCGACUUGACGCAAAGUGGCGAGCUCAAGUUUAUGAUCACGGGCGAGUUUGACUGGCGCGUCGAAAUCAAGGAGAGCCUCGAGAUCCACGGCACGAUCGCCGAGCUCAUGAUCCUCGCCAACGCCACGGUCGCGACGCGGCUCGUCGACUGCUUUCCCAAGACGGCGUUGGUCCGUCGCCACGUGCCGCCGUCGGGCGACCGCUUCAAGUCGCUUCUCGCGCUCGCGGCAACGCAGCAGCUGUCCUUGGACACGACGAGCAACAUGACACUGCAGGCGUCCCUCGAUGCGGUCGCGACGAGUGUCGAUGCCGAUACCCUCGCGCUCCUCAAGUCGAUGGCGACGCGCGCCAUGUCGGAAGCCGAGUACAUUGUCGCGUCCGAAGCCGUCGGCGGCUUUGCCCACUACGGCCUCGGUCUCUCGCACUAUACGCACUUUACGUCGCCGAUUCGCCGGUACGCCGACCUCGUCGUGCACCGGCAGCUGCUCGCGACCUUGGCACCGACGACGACGACGGCCGUGGCGACCAAACCGGUGCGGGCCGUUGCGUCACUGGUCCUGCCCGCGUCCUUGACGCCGUCCGUUCUGGACUCUAAAUACGUGGCGCCGGCACCGCUGCUGCCUCCGACGCCCGUGACGCCAAGCAUGGCACGGACCGAGACGAUGACACUGACGGACCCGAUGGCGACGACCGACUUGGUGCCGCAGAGCCAGCACAUGAACGUGCAGAACCGCAACGCGAAGAACGUGGCGCGCGCGUGCGAAGAACUCUUCCUCGCGCUCUACUUUCAGUCGCACUCGACGACCGUGAACGCGGUCGUGACGCACCUCAAGCAGAACGGCCUCCUCGUCUUCAUCCCGCAGUUUGACGUGCGCGGGCCCGUGUACCUCAAGGACCGCGACGGCGCCGUGCACGUGCAUGCGUCCAUGGUCCCGCCCCACGGCACGCUGCCGGCGCGGCCCGGUUUCGACCCGUCGGCGCGCGAACUUCCAUGCGCGACUUUGCGUCUUGUCGAAGACACGUCGCUGGUAGUGCAGUGGCGCGGCCGUGACGUCGUGACGUUCACGCCGCUCAUGGAGAUCCAAGUCACCGUCACGUGUGAUUUCACGUCGGCGUCGGCGCGGCUGCCGGCGCUGCGGCUCUCGCUCGCCUCGGCGACCGCCGCGUCCUCGCGCUCGACACGCGAUGUGGUCGCCGAGGCGGUCGCGGCCUUGCAACCGACGCCGACCCUCGGCUCGGAAGCGACGGCCACCGAGGUCUCGGCGCGACUGGACAAGCUGCGCGUCUCGUUCCGUGUGAGCUUGUACGACGCUCUGUCGACCGUUCCCACGAUCGCGCCGAAAGCCAAGACAACGACGACGACCAAGAAGGGCACCAAGGACAAGAAGGCGCCGGGCCGCGUCAUCUUUAACGGGUUUGAGCCGCCGGUGCCGAAGAAGUUCAACAAACUGCUCACGGCCCACUACGAAGGGCGCAGCGCCGAGCUCGAGGCGGCGAUGAACAUUGAGCGGGGCGCGAUCGUCGAUGUGAGCGCCAACAGCGCCAAGCGCUACGAGAUGGAAGCUGUCCGGCGCAUGGAAAAGCUGCAAUCCGAGAAGCGCCACGACCGCAUCAACAGCCGCAAAAAGGCCAAUCACUAG